AUGGCCCAACCAAACCCCUACCUUCUGGCCUGCGACAACCCCGCGGCGCUUCUGGAUCUGCUGCGGUCCAACCCCUCCGUCGCAUCUUCCCAAGACGAGUCCGGCUAUUCGCUCCUCCAUGCCGCGGCAUCCUACGGCCAUGAAGAUCUCUUACGCGCCUUGGUGAAAGAGUUCAAUGUGAGCGUCAACCUCCUCGACGAGGAUGGUGAGACCUGUCUAUUCGUGACCGAACAACCCGACAUCGCACGCUGUCUGGUCGAGGAGCUGGGUGUGGAUUAUAACAAGAAGAAUGCCGAGGACAUGACUGCAGUUCAGAAGAUGGAGGCCGACGAUGAAUUCCCACAGGUGGUUGCCUACCUUCGGGAACUUGUCGGCGGUGCUCCUGCUUCCAGCUCAGUCUCUCCCAGCGAUGUUCUGAACGCCCCAGGGCCCAUUCCCAAUAGCGACAUGAAGAUCAACAUGAGCACAAUGACCGAAGAAGAGGCCACUGCCGGAGAAAGCGAACCGGAUCCCGAGUUCAAGAGGCGCAUCGAGGAGCUUGCUACCCGCGAGGAUUAUUACAGCGAGGAGGUACAAAAUGAAGUCCGUGAGCUGGUCAAGGACGCUAUGGCUGGAACCAACAUUCAGGCCAUGGAGCGGGAGAUCCGGAGAAGGACAGAGUAA